CUUUGUUUCAGGAUGAGAACAGAAAUCGUGCUCUGGCGGCGUGGCGGCAGCAGGAGGCCCCAUUAGCUAAAGUGGUGCUUCAGGUUAAGAACAGUUUUCGGUUAAGUACGGACCUCCAGAACGAAUUAAGUACUUAACCCGAGGUACCACUGUAAUAGAACCUGGAGAUGGGUCAGCUGUAGAGAGCUGGUCACACUGGUAACGUUUCACCGCGUAAAGUCGUUUUAUGUUGUCCUCUUGCGAGAUGAAAUGACAUUCCACAGCAUUCAUGUCUGUCCCUGCUUUUGCUUUCUGCCAACUGAAGCCACCACCACGACUCCGACCACCACCACCACCACGACUCCGACCACCACCACCACCACGACUCCGAAAACUACAACUACUGAAACCACCACCACAACUCCGACCACCACCAGCACCACCACCACCAGCACCACCCAUGAACCUACAACCACUUCAGAUCAUGUAUCGCUUGCGCCCUGGGCCCUUUCCCUGAUUGUUCUGGGCUGUAUUGGUGCAGGCAUGGUGAUCGUUGGAACAGGUUUAGCAGUCUGCUACUGUCUGAAAAUGAGAAAAUCUCAACAACAGAACACAUGUGGGUCAGGAGGAAGCUAUGUUCCGCAUGCUAUGCCGUGCGGGAAAUUUUGAGAAGCCACGCAAUGGAGAUGGUAGAAUCAGAUGGGAAUGUGCCAAGUAACCGACCUGCUCAGUUGCUGCUGCUUGAAUUAACAUAUACUCAGGACAUUCUGCUUCCUACACUUCGCAGGGCUCAGAUUAUAAAUAUUUUUGGAAUAAGGACCAUGCAUUUGCUUACAACCAGGCCAGAACAUCUUUACCCUUGCUGGACAUCUGCUGUGGUUCUUUCUCCAGAGUCUGGUGUGAAGACUGCCUCUUAAGGUUCUAUUCUUAGCUAAUAUCCAUUCAUAUAACUUGACGUGGUGUGGAGAACCUUUGUUGCUCUGGAUGUUGUGGAACUACAACUCCCAUCAGCCCCAGCAAGAAUGGCCAAUGUCCAGGGAUGAUGGAAAUUGUAGCUCAGAAACAUCUGGAGGGACCACAACUUGUCUAACCCUUACUAUUGCCUUACUACUGUAUACCACUGGCCCUUGCCCAGGCAAGGGAACAAACCUUUAAUAAAUAUGCAACCAAGAGAAUAGCAAGCGUCCUGUAGGGACCCGGUUUACUAAAACUACAGUACAAUAAGACAGACUUGCCAAUGUGGUUUCACAUCUCUCCCUGAUAGCUUGCUAGGAGUCCAGAAUGAUUGCUUGAUGUUUCUUUAGUGGGAACUGAUGACAACAGAUUUUCACCUGAUAGCUGGGAAUCUCUCUCCAGCCAUUGGAAUGUAAUACUCAACAGAUUGUGGGAUGGUGACCACUUCCAGCAGGUGUGCGAAGAACACAAUCUGAAUGUAGCAUGCAAUUUGGAUUUAGAAAGAACCAGAGAGAAAGAGAAAGAGAAUUUUGGAGCUGCAAGUUGGCUGAAGGUGAAUCACCUUGGAUGCAGGGAGUCUUUCCAGGAUUCUGAUUCAAGCUAGUGGAUUUGCUGCACGCUAUACUAGUGCUUAUUUGCUUCUGCUGUGCUAUUAUUUGUAUAUUUGUAAAUAAACAGAUAU